AAAACCCCUCACCCUUCAUCGCAACAACUUAUCUAUUCUUCGCUGUUUCGUUGUUGUCUCUCUCUCUCAAUCCACAUUCCUCUCCUUCUUCUUCAUUUUCUUAUGAUCUCCGGAUUUUGAAACGGACAUGAAUACGGUUGCCGUCAGGAAGGAUAUGGACCGGAUUAAGGGUCCCUGGAGCCCCGAAGAGGACGAGGCCUUACACAAGCUCGUCGAGAAGCAUGGCCCCAGGAACUGGUCCUUGAUCAGCAAGUCCAUUCCCGGUCGAUCCGGCAAGUCCUGCAGGCUUCGCUGGUGCAAUCAGCUCUCCCCUCAGGUCGAGCACCGAGCAUUCACGCCCGAGGAGGAUGAGACCAUCAUCAGGGCUCAUGCCCGUUUCGGUAAUAAAUGGGCCACCAUCGCUCGCCUGCUCUCCGGUCGAACCGAUAACGCCAUCAAGAACCACUGGAACUCCACCUUAAAGCGCAAGUGUGCAUCCAUGAUGAUCGAUGACGCCGCUGCUGUCGGUGGAUUCGAUGGCAGUUUCAGCCCGCAGCCACUUAAGAGGUCGGUCAGUGCCGGCGCCGCUGUACCCGUAUCCACUGGGCUGUGCAUGAACCCGCCCACGCCGGGAAGCCCUUCUGGAUCGGAUGUGAGCGAGUCCAGUGUUCCCGUUGCGUCUUGUUCUCAAGUCUAUCGACCUGUACCGAGAACCGGCGGGCUUCUACCUCCCGUAGAAACGACGUCUUCUUCCAAUGACCCUCCCACGUCAUUAUCCCUGUCUCUUCCGGGCGUAGACUCUUCUGAAGUCUCCAAUCGGCCUGCAGACCCAACACAUGCUGCACCACCGACCAACAGUACGCGCUUGUUACCCGUAAUGGCGCCGACGCCAGCUCCAGCUUUCCCGCCUGCCCCACCCCCGGCUCCGGCGUCUGCUCCGAUGUCGAUGCCUCAGCAGGUUCAGUUGGGUAGGGAUGAUCGAAGGGGCGAGAGGGGUCGGAAUCAGAAUGGGUUAUUAGCUUUCAAUUUCAGUGCAGAUUUGCUGGCUGUGAUGCAAGACAUGAUAAGGAAGGAGGUGAGGAAUUAUAUGGCGGGGUUGGAGCAGCAGAAUGGGGUGUGUUUUCAGGCAGCUGAUGGAUUUCGAAACGCUUCGGUGAAGCGUAUUGGAAUUAGCAGGAUCGAUUCAUGAAUGUCAUCAGAGGAAUAGAACAGAGCAGGGAUGUGAAAAAUGUGGGGUGGGACUGAGAGUAAAAGUGAAGCUUCCGCGUUUUGUUUAUGAUGGUUUUGGGCAAUAAUUUUGGGGUACUGUAAAUAGAGAGACAACGCGUGGUCGAGGGAGAGAAGUGGGUAAGGGGUUGGGGACAGAAAAUGGGAAAGGAACUUCAUUUCCAGAGCAGAGGAAUGAAUGGAUAUUCUAUGGGGUAACAAGUCUGAAUUUUCACCAACGUGUUCACCGUCUGUGACUCCUGUUCUCCGCGUCUGGUGUGGAGAAAAAGAAGACAGGAACUGAGGAGAGAUGUAGGAUGAAUCAAAUCCGUAAAAUCUCAAUAUAAGUUAAUUUACUGCCCUUA